UGAGGGAAUUUUCAUGGGACUCUUAGUGAGGCUAAUCCUGGAGCGCCAGGACAUUCCAAGGGGCCAAUCUGCCCAAGUUCAUUGCUUACUUGAAAUGUCUCUGGGGGAAGAGCCUGGCAAGUGACUUUUUUUUUUCCAGUGGGCGGUCAUCCGAGCAUUAUUAACGGGAUGGCCAGCCCCAGUCACAGCAAAAUGAAAGCAACAGAAGCUGUGCAGGGUGACUGCCUUGCUACCAGCCAGAGUCAGAGCGCAGGCUCAGAAAUCCUGGAUUGAAAGAGCAUUUUAUAAAAGAGAAUGUGUCCACAUCAUACCCAGCACCAAAGACCCCCAUAGGUGUUGCUGUGGGCGCCUCAUAGGCCAGCAUGUCGGACUCACUCCCAGCAUCUCCGUGCUUCAGAAUGAGAAAAAUGAGAGUCGCCUCUCCCGAAAUGACAUCCAGUCUGAGAAGUGGUCUAUCAGCAAGCACACUCAGCUCAGCCCAACAGAUGCUUUUGGGACCAUUGAGUUCCAAGGAGGCGGCCAUUCCAACAAAGCCAUGUAUGUCCGAGUAUCUUUUGAUACGAAACCUGAUCUCUUGCUACACCUGAUGACCAAGGAAUGGCAACUGGAGCUUCCCAAACUUCUCAUCUCUGUGCACGGAGGGCUGCAGAACUUUGAACUCCAGCCAAAACUCAAGCAAGUCUUUGGGAAAGGGCUCAUCAAAGCAGCCAUGACAACUGGAGCAUGGAUCUUCACUGGAGGGGUCAACACAGGUGUCAUUCGUCAUGUCGGAGAUGCCUUGAAAGACCAUGCAUCUAAAUCUCGAGGGAAGAUAUGUACCAUAGGUAUCGCCCCCUGGGGAAUUGUGGAAAACCAGGAAGACCUGAUUGGAAGAGAUGUAGUCCGACCAUACCAGACCAUGUCCAACCCGAUGAGCAAGCUCACGGUUCUCAAUAGCAUGCACUCCCACUUCAUCCUGGCUGACAAUGGGACCACGGGAAAAUAUGGAGCAGAGGUGAAACUCCGCAGACAACUGGAAAAGCACAUUUCACUCCAGAAGAUAAACACAAGAUGCCUGCCGUUUUUCUCUCUUGACUCCCGCUUGUUUUAUUCAUUUUGGGGUAGUUGCCAAUUAGACCCAAUUGGAAUCGGUCAAGGGGUUCCAGUGGUGGCUCUCAUCGUGGAAGGAGGACCCAAUGUAAUCUCAAUUGUUUUGGAAUACCUUCGAGACACCCCUCCUGUACCAGUCGUAGUCUGUGAUGGGAGUGGACGGGCAUCCGACAUCCUGGCAUUUGGGCAUAAAUAUUCAGAAGAAGGAGGACUUAUCAAUGAAUCUUUGAGGGACCAGCUGUUGGUGACAAUACAGAAGACCUUCACAUACACCCGUACCCAAGCUCAACACCUGUUCAUCAUCCUCAUGGAGUGUAUGAAGAAGAAGGAACUGAUUACAGUGUUUCGAAUGGGAUCAGAAGGCCACCAGGACAUUGAUUUAGCUAUCCUGACAGCGUUACUCAAAGGCGCCAAUGCAUCUGCCCCAGACCAACUGAGCUUAGCUUUAGCCUGGAACAGAGUUGACAUCGCUCGAAGCCAGAUCUUUAUUUACGGGCAGCAGUGGCCGGUAGGGUCCCUGGAGCAAGCCAUGCUGGAUGCCCUAGUCCUGGACAGAGUGGACUUUGUGAAAUUACUCAUAGAAAAUGGAGUAAGCAUGCACCGUUUUCUCACCAUCUCCAGACUAGAGGAGCUGUACAAUACGAGACAUGGGCCCUCAAAUACAUUGUAUCACUUGGUCAGGGAUGUCAAAAAGCGAGAGUAUCCAGGUUUCGGUUGGAUCUAUUUUAAGGGAAACCUGCCCCCGGACUACAGAAUCAGCCUGAUAGACAUUGGCCUGGUGAUCGAGUACCUGAUGGGCGGGGCUUACCGCUGCAACUACACGCGCAAGCGCUUUCGGACCCUCUAUCACAAUCUCUUUGGCCCCAAAAGGCCCAAAGCCUUGAAACUGCUGGGAAUGGAGGAUGAUAUUCCCUUGAGGAGAGGAAGAAAGACAACUAAGAAGCGGGAGGAAGAGGUGGACAUAGACUUGGAUGACCCUGAGAUCAACCAUUUCCCAUUCCCUUUCCAUGAGCUGAUGGUGUGGGCGGUCCUCAUGAAGAGGCAGAAGAUGGCCCUGUUCUUCUGGCAGCAUGGAGAGGAGGCCAUGGCCAAAGCCCUGGUGGCCUGCAAGCUCUGCAAAGCCAUGGCUCACGAGGCUUCUGAGAAUGACAUGGUGGAUGACAUUUCCCAGGAGCUAAACCACAACUCCAGGGACUUUGGCCAGCUGGCUGUGGAGCUCCUGGACCAGUCCUACAAACAGGAUGAGCAGCUGGCCAUGAAACUGCUGACGUAUGAGCUGAAGAACUGGAGCAAUGCCACAUGCCUGCAGCUGGCUGUGGCCGCCAAGCACCGUGACUUCAUUGCACACACGUGCAGCCAGAUGUUGCUUACUGACAUGUGGAUGGGACGGCUCCGCAUGCGAAAGAACUCAGGCCUCAAGGUAAUUCUGGGAAUUCUACUUCCUCCUUCAAUUCUCAGCUUGGAGUUCAAGAACAAAGACGACAUGCCCUAUAUGACUCAGGCCCAAGAAAUUCAUCUCCAAGAGAAGGAGCCGGAGGAGCCAGAGAAGCCCACAAAGGAAAAAGAUGAAGAAGACAUGGAACUGACAGCAAUGUUGGGGCGAAGCAAUGGGGAGUCAUCCAGAAAGAAAGAUGAAGAAGAAGUUCAAAGCAGGCACAGGCUAAUCCCCGUGGGCCGAAAAAUCUAUGAGUUCUACAACGCACCCAUUGUGAAGUUCUGGUUCUACACUCUGGCAUAUAUUGGAUACCUGAUGCUCUUCAAUUACAUCGUGUUAGUGAAGAUGGAGCGCUGGCCUUCCACUCAGGAAUGGAUUGUCAUCUCCUACAUUUUCACUCUGGGAAUAGAGAAGAUGAGAGAGAUUCUGAUGUCGGAACCAGGCAAGCUGCUGCAGAAGGUGAAGGUGUGGCUUCAGGAGUAUUGGAAUGUCACAGACCUCAUCGCCAUCCUUCUCUUCUCGGUGGGAAUGAUCCUUCGUCUUCAAGACCAGCCCUUCAGGAGUGAUGGGAGGGUCAUCUACUGUGUGAACAUCAUUUAUUGGUAUAUCCGUUUGCUAGACAUCUUCGGCGUGAACAAGUAUCUGGGCCCAUAUGUAAUGAUGAUUGGGAAAAUGAUGAUAGACAUGAUGUACUUUGUCAUCAUCAUGCUGGUGGUACUGAUGAGCUUCGGGGUCGCCAGGCAAGCCAUUCUCUUUCCCAAUGAGGAGCCAUCUUGGAAACUGGCCAAGAAUAUCUUCUACAUGCCUUAUUGGAUGAUUUAUGGGGAAGUGUUUGCUGACCAGAUAGACCGUAAGCAAGUUUAUGAUUCUCAUACACCAAAGUCAGCUCCCUGUGGACAGAACGAGACCCGAGAAGAUGGCAAGACAAUCCAGUUGCCCCCAUGCAAGACAGGAGCAUGGAUUGUGCCAGCCAUCAUGGCCUGCUACCUCUUGGUGGCGAACAUCCUUCUGGUCAACCUCCUUAUUGCUGUCUUCAACAAUACGUUUUUUGAGGUCAAGUCAAUAUCCAACCAAGUAUGGAAAUUUCAGAGGUACCAGCUCAUCAUGACUUUCCACGAGAGGCCGGUUCUGCCCCCACCACUCAUCAUCUUCAGUCACAUGACCAUGAUAUUCCAGCACGUGUGCUGCCGGUGGAGGAAGCAUGAGAGUGACCCGGAUGAAAGGGACUACGGCCUGAAACUCUUCAUAACUGAUGAUGAGCUCAAGAAAGUCCAUGAUUUUGAAGAGCAGUGCAUAGAGGAAUAUUUCAGAGAGAAGGAUGAUCGCUUCAAUUCAUCCAACGAUGAGAGGAUACGGGUGACAUCAGAAAGGGUGGAGAACAUGUCCAUGAGGCUGGAAGAAGUUAACGAGAGAGAACAUUCCAUGAAGGCUUCACUCCAGACUGUGGACAUCCGGCUAGCACAGCUGGAGGACCUCAUCGGGCGCAUGGCCACAGCCCUGGAGCGCCUGACAGGUCUGGAGCGGGCAGAGUCUAACAAAAUCCGCUCAAGGACCUCCUCAGACUGCACAGAUGCAGCCUACAUCGUCCGCCAGAGCAGCUUCAACAGCCAGGAAGGGAACACCUUUAAACUUCAAGAGAGUAUAGACCCUGCAGGUGAGGAGACCAUGUCCCCAACUUCUCCAACCUUAAUGCCCCGUAUGCGAAGCCAUUCUUUCUAUUCAGUCAAUGUGAAAGACAAAGGUGGGAUAGAAAAGUUGGAAAGCAUUUUCAAAGAAAGGUCCCUGAGCUUACACCGAGCUACUAGCUCCCACUCAGUAGCAAAAGAACCCAAAGCUCCUGCAGCCCCUGCAAACACCUUGGCCGUUGUUCCUGACUCCAGAAGACCAUCAUCAUGCAUAGAUAUCUAUGUCUCUGCUAUGGAUGAGCUCCACUGUGAUAUAGACCCUCUGGAUAAUUCCAUGAACAUCCUUGGGCUGGGCGAGCCAAGCUUUUCAGCUCUAGCACCUUCCACAGCCCCUUCAAGUAGUGCCUAUGCAACCCUUGCACCUACAGACCGACCUCCAAGCAGGAGCAUUGAUUUUGAAGACCUCACCUCCAUGGACACUAGAUCUUUUUCCUCAGACUAUACCCACCUCCCAGAAUGCCAAAACCCCUGGGACACAGACCCUCCAAUGUACCACACCAUCGAACGGUCCAAGAGUAGCCGCUACCUAGCCACCACACCCUUUCUUCUGGAAGAGGCCCCCAUUGUAAAAUCCCAUAGCUUUAUGUUUUCUCCUUCAAGGAGUUACUACGCCAACUUUGGGGUGCCCGUGAAAACAGCAGAAUACACAAGUAUUACAGACUGUAUCGACACAAGAUGUGUCAAUGCCCCCCAAGCAAUAGCUGACAGAGCCACCUUCCCCGGAGGUCUCGGAGACAAAGUGGAAGACUUAUCUUGUUGCCACCCUGAGCGAGAAGCCGAGCUGAGCCAUCCUAGCUCUGACAGUGAGGAAAAUGAGGCCAGAGGCCGGAGAGCUGCCAAUCCGAUAUCCUCUCAGGAGGCUGAAAAUGCAGACAGAACCCUAUCCAACAACAUCACGGUUCCCAAGAUAGAGCGCGCCAACAGCUACUCAGCAGAGGAGCCAAGCGUGCCAUAUGCACAUACCAGAAAGAGCUUCUCCAUCAGUGACAAGCUUGAUAGACAGAGGAACACGGCAAGCCUCCGAAAUCCCUUCCAGAGAAGUAAGUCCUCCAAGCCGGAGGGCCGAGGGGACAGCCUAUCCAUGAGGAGACUGUCUAGAACGUCAGCUUUUCAUAGCUUUGAAAGCAAGCACAACUAAACCGUCUUACCACGUGUUGCAGGAGGCUCGAGAAUCCAGCACUAAAAUUCUCCCCAAUGCCCACCAUGUUCCCCCUUCCUUGAGUUAGACCUGCUUUAUUCUUAGCUGAGCAAAACAAUGGGAGACAUUAACUCAAAGGUAACCUCUGGGCCACAGGUCAAGCAAGCAUUCCACCUGGCCCAGUACAAAACACAGGGGUUAAGGCAUGUUCCUAUCUGUUGGGCAGGGAGGGGUAAAGACAAAAGACAGGGGCUAGAGAUGAGAAUGGGUGCCGCCAGGCACCACAGAAAGUCAUGAGCUCUGGGGAACCAAUGGGCUUCAGCAACCUCCAUGCCGACAGGGAUCAUGGGAUCUCAGCCCUGUUAUCAAGAGUCCAGGGCUAAAUUGCAAAAUGAAAUAAGGGUAGCCAGCGUACAAGAUGAGAUAUUCUAAACUUCCAUUCUGUUUUCUUUUUACAUUGGUUCCAUCACUGGUGACUGAUGAAGAACAUCCUUUUUAUUCAGUAUAAGCCGGCAGCAAGCAGUUCUACCUAACGUCCCACAUCCUUGUCAUGUCAACACUUCUGUAAUUGGUCAUUAUAAAGAAAACCAAGGUAACAGUCAUAUAUACAGUUCACCUGUCUCUUAUCUAUUCACUUCUGGUGCCACAACUGUUUAUCUCUUUAGAAGAAAAUAAGGGAACAGAAAAAUGCCUUUUUUUUGUCUUGCGAUCAAAAUGAAAGAAGAAUUGAUGUUGAAAGCAAAAAUCAUAUGAUUUAUAAUAUACCACAGGCAAUCAAAUAUAGUCAAGUAAGCUCAGGAUGAAUGUACUUAGAUAAUUUUAUAUUUUUAAGUUAUUUUGUAUCUCACCUGUCAUCAAAGAAUUCACUCGUCAAAUAUGUAAUACUGAACUUUAAGAAAAAGGUGGGAAGACCUAACAUUAAGUUGCCAGUGGGAUGUUGUUAUAGUCUCACCGUUCAUAGUGUGUGACGCUGCUGUGUGGGCCUUCCUUCAUCAUCUGCAUGUCUCCACUAUGUCCUCCAGACAUCUCCAAGACGUAACUGCCAAAUUUCCACACCGCUCAUCAUGUGACCAUUUUGUAUUUGAACACAUGGUUAUAUGUGGAUAUUUUCAUACCUAGAGUUUAGCCAUCUAAUCUGGGCUCAGCAUAAAUUUAAUCAGAGUUUUUCAAGGGCUGGUAUCUUUUUUAUGGAAAUGUUCCAAGUACUUUUUAAGGAAGUUUAAAAAACCAUAAAUAACCUUAGAUUUGACUAGGGGCUUGAUAUCAACCCAAACCCAUCAGUUGCAGGCAGGCCAUGAAUAUGUUUCUUAUUUACAAAGCUAUAAAAAAGAUACAGUAGGGCCAAAAUAGAAAGCAAAUAUACCAUAUACAGAGUUCUAUAGUUUAUGCUGCUGACAUAUACAUCCACAUACAGACCCAUGUUUAUAUACAGUAUAUAUACAGACACAUAGAGAUUUCUUAAAAGGCAUUGACUACCUGUCAUCUGACAGUAUAACCAAGAUUAUUUUUUAGUGUCCAAGAAAGUGUAUUGUGCUAUUGGACCCACUUUUAAAAUUAUAAUUUCCAAAAAAUAUACCUCCGGUCUUCACCUGUCUUUACAUUGAACAAGAACUGUCAAAAUGGUCUCUCUCCCCACCCCCAUCUCCUCCUAUUUGGAAGCACCCGUUGUCAUGAGAUCCCUUUCACUCUGGUUGCUCUGACACAAAGCUAUUAUCACCAAAUACAAUCUGAAGAGAUGAGUGAUUCUAAGCCAGUUUGUAUUUCACAGUCUAGAAUGGAGGCAUACACUUGUAGAAUAGAGCCUGGACUUGAAGUGGGAUAAAGAAAUCUUGACCACAAAACUACUGAUGAUUCUAUUUAGAUCAUUGAACACAAAGUCUUUAAGAAAAAUGGUUUGGGGCCAGGAAUAGUUAGUUAGCAGUGAUAUACACUGUGUGUGAUUUCAGGCACUUGCAAAGAAGAGGCAGAAAGAUGAGGAAUUCAGAGUCAGCCUCUGGUACAUAUCAAGUUCAAGGCCAACCUGAACUCCUUGAGACCCUGUUGCAGAGAGAGAGAGAACAGAAUGAAAAGAAAAUGCUUUGAGCUAGUGAGCUGAAACUUGAGCUCAGAGGCGCAGCACUUGCUUAACAUACUCAAGGCCCUAUGUUUUAUCCCCAGUGGUUAAAAAAGGAGAGAGAGAGAGAGAGAGAGAGAGAGAGAGAGAGAGAGAGAGAGAGAGAGUAUUUAAUCUUCCCUGGUCCUAGGUGUUCCUUGGUUCUUUUAACUAUAGUUCAAAACACCAAGGUGCAUACCCUUUAGUGAAAUCAAGUCAGUCCACCACAACACCUGUAGCCUUUAAAUAUGUUUUUAAAGAAAAAAAAAAAAGCUCUUUUCAGCAGAAGAGUGUGGCAGGCAUGCGUCCGUAAAGAAUCCCAUUUAUCCUUGUUAUUUAGGCAGUGCCCAAGCUCUUCACUGAUUACUGUGCUAGGAACACUCACUUCCUUAUUGGUGAUCUCCCUCCCAGCAGAUAUCCUUUCAACCUGAGAAUAAAUCAUUUGUCUCUAAGUUUCCUUGAGCCAUGAGUUCCUGUGAGAACCCGAUAGAAACUCUGAACCCUCCCACAGCCCAAACUCACAUCCAUGUGAAGCCGCACUAUAACAUUAAGGGGUUCAUGACUCCCCUGGUUCCACAGUGACUGGUAAUGAUUUUAAAAAGUGCAUUCAUUCAUCAUCAAUCACGCUGCAACAGGCACUAUACACUUCCAGACCAUUUCCCUGUGAUUCUCAGGAGGGCUCAGCACCAGAGUUUGAACCAAGGUUUCAGCACUUCCCCUCUUUAGAAUAAAUAUGGCUGGCUGGAUGUCCUUAUGCCCUAAACAUCUUCAUGAUUUUGAGUAGCAAGCAUUCUCAAAGGCAAAGACUCUCUGAGGGAAUCCAUAGAGGAGUCCAAGAUGAAACCAUCAGCUGUGACAAUAGAUCAGGAUACCAAGCACUUUAGAGCCUUGUUUGGAGACCUUCUUGGAAGCAAGGGGGAGAGAGAGAACAAGCCUGUGUGUUUCUGUUUGUUGUGAUCGCCUGAGAGAAAGAACAUGACCUGGGAAAGGAAGCACUUAACAGUCCUGAGCUUUUGUUCUGCAUGAAAAUUAAGUGCUAACAUCUUUGGUGAAGUGUGUAAAGUCUAGAAGCCAAAUGUAAACAACUUCAGACACAAACUGUGUAGGUCCCAUAAGCCAUCUCUUUCCUGUGCACAUGCAUAUGUGUUAUUUCCAACCCCACCUCCUUUCGUCUCUGGGUUCUCUGUGUACCAGUGUGGCAUUGAUUCUGUGGCCUUGUGCAGACAGCUUGUGUUCAGCUCAUUUGUCCCACCAUGUCCCUGAUGGAGGGGACCUUAAUCACUUGCCUGUGAGUUAAACAGCUCAUGAGUAGCCAGUCAUUGAAGACCAUACAUAAAGUCAUAGAGGGCUCGAGGAAGAGACAGCUUGUUUAAUCACUUGCUUUAUAGGUGCCAAUUUUUAUAUAUUAUGAUGUGUAAUGGUUUGUUCUAAAUUGCUUGCUUGUUCCUUUUGGGAAAGAAACGAAGAAUGUUUUAUAAAAAUGGCCAUGAAGAUUUCCUGAUUAACCGCCAUAUUUUAUAUUUACAGUUAGAAACUGGUAGAUUUGAAUGGAGUGCUAGAAAGCAAGAGGAAAGUAGUCAUGGCCAGUUUGUGUGUCUGCAAGCCAAAAGCAGGGCAGUCAUUGUGUAGCACUUUAGAGAACUGGAUGUUUCUUUAAAGUUGAAGCUUCCGGGACCAGUUACUAUUUAGCACUUUGAAAGUUCCCCCUUUAAAAUAUAUAUAUAUAUAUAUAUAUAAAUACAUAUGCCAGAAUAAUGAAAUGGGGGGGUGUACUUGUGAAAACACAAAAUGUGUUUCUUCUGAAUGUUACAAUUGUAUUUUAAAAUCUGGAUUCUAUAGAUAACAUUAUGGUAGAUCACUGGAUAGUACAUUUCUUUCCUUUUUUUUUUUUUUCCUGCAGCUGUACAGUCUAAUCUUCCAGGAUGUUUGGGCUGUUUGAUUUCUUUAAAAAUAAUAAACAUUAUCCAGUUAUCCAUCAUGCUAUAUCUAUAGGCUAUGCCAUGUGACAUAUUGGGCAAUGCUGUAUUAUAAAAACACAUGUAAACUUAUCUGUAACCUGUGUUUAACCCAGCAUAGUUGUAGCAUGUGGUUGUAUUAAUGAACGUUACAGGACAACUUUAUAAUCAUUUAUAAAUCUGUAACAUUCAAUAAAGAAGCACAUGUGGCAAGGAUUAAUCAUGCUCCCAUUUCCAUGUUUUUAGCAGCCUCCGGUAAUGGGCAGUUUUGUUCCUGGUCUUUAUUAUGUUCUUCACAUCUUUCAGUCCCCCAUAAAAUACUUAUAUAAGCUGAUGUGCCUCCUCUACCAGGUCCCACAAGCUGAGAGAGGCAAGGUGUGGUUUUGUGUCAGACAAGCUGGCAUGUUAUGCAAAAGACUAUAUAGCAAAUGAACUUAAAUAGUUUAAACUCCCGUUGAAUUAGCUGUCUGUUUACAUCUGCUGACCCCAUAUGGAAGCAGUGUACAGUGUUUUAGAAAUCGGUUCAUUCCGUAGCACUGUCUGUUCUAGAGAAGGUGAUGUUAAUGUUUAGGUGGCUGUAUAUUUGGCCUAGAUAUUGCAUUCAAGUUGCUAAUCUUUACAAUAAUAAUUUGACUUGACUAAGUAAUCCCUCUCCAAACCUAGGCUUAAUUUUGGUCAGCACAAUGCACACUAUGCUGUAUGUGUGUUUCUUUACCUUUAUAAGGCACUUAACGUUUUACUCUUGUCUGCUGCAAUCCUUAAAACACUUAGUGAGUCACUCGAAUUGUUGGGCUUCUUAAACUGGGGACUACUUUCAGUUCUCAAAAACUGAAAACAGGUAAUCAAGGGUUUCUUUUCUCUUUUCAAUUUUUUUUUUAAAGCUCUGAGCAAAUAAUAUGACAUAAAGUAUCAACUACAAGUUGCAAUAGCUAGGGGACCCAGAGAUGACAAGGCAGCACCACUCUGGAGUCCCAAGGUCUAGGUGUGGGGGCAUCUGUGAUAUAUGAAAGACACAUCUUGGAUUCUUUAGGGCUUCCUGGGUGCAAAUUGCUAAACCAGAAAUGAAAGUCAAAGGUGCACAAUGACAAGGCAGAAAGGCACAGAGCACUGUAAGCAAGUGGUCCCGUGGUAAUGCAUGAGACCUCCCUUCUUGUCCUGUGGCUUUCACACCCUGUGGGUGAGCCAGGCCCAGAGGUGGGAGUGGGUGAUUGUUUGAUGAAGCACCAGAUGACUCUCAAGAACUUGUUCUUUCAAAGAAGUCGCCGUUCAGUUGUUAGAAGCCCUUCAACAUCUGGAAAGAAAUGGAUCCAAUUUGCACAGUCAAAAUGCUCCCCAAAUGAGCAGGGAAAUCUUUUCUCAACACCAGCUUUGCCCUGAAUCUACAAGUCCAGCAUCCUGUCUCUCGGGUUAGAGUCCAUAAAAGAGGGACCGGGUUCUGACUAAAGAAGAACAACGUUUUCUUUUCUUUUUCAAAUCAAUUUUACUGAGUGUUGAUGGUGCCUUUGCCCUUGCAACCUCCUUACACUGGUCAUUCCUAGUAAAAACCAAGAUCUACUGAUUUCUCUGUGUCAUCUAAGAGGGGAUAUAAGUGACCAGAUCAUCCAGAUUCAUCAAGAGAUAACAAUUCAUUUUCUAACUUUCCUGGAAAAACUGGUCAUUUUCUGCUGGCAGCACGUGAUCCCUGCAUCAUGGUGUUGGGAACUGGACCAACUUAGAGGGGCAUCAGUGCCGGCCAUGACUCUAGAUCCCAGGGGAGGCAGAUUGCUAAAGAACGUGAGGCACAGGAUGAGAUCAGCCUUGGGCCUGGGGGCACAGGAUUUUUUUUGUCCCCCUUCUUACUGUUUUUUAUUAGUUUAAAGCUAGCUCUUUCUCCCCACCCCCCCCCACCCCCCGUGUGAGUGUGAGACUAAUAGACUCACCCAUUGCCUCAUAAUCCCUGUGGACCCCAACACAGUAAUCCCAAACAUCAACUACAUGGAAGACGCCAGAUGUUCUGAAUUUGACCCAGGUCUGGUUGUCCAUCUGACUUCUCCCGCACCCAAGUUCUUAAUGUAGCUGGUGUGGCACAUGUCACAUCCAAUUCUGAACUGCCCAUCUGACUCCUGAAAGGCUUUCUACAUUGUCACCAGCUUCCCACACAUGGUCGGAACCAGUCACCUGCCUCUCUGUGAAGGGAUUGCAAACUCAACCCGAGACCCAGAUCUAGAAAAGCAGUGACAGCAGGAUUUUUUAGGCAUGAGAGCAUACAUAUCUCACAGAAAAACUCAACUUUGGGUUUCCACCUCCAGUGCUAGCCACACACAUGUGUCUCCCCCAGUAUUCCCAAUGGCCAUGUUUGGAGGCCUCUAAUUUAGAGCCAAGCAGGAUCUGACUCAUGAUUUUCAGACAGUUAGCAAACACAUCAAAUACACUUGAGAACUUCAAGUGGGGAGAAGCAGCUUGCCUUAUUAGGGGUGACUCUUGAAUCACUUCCAUGUUUGUUGAUCAGCAUGUUUUUGUAGAUCCAAACACAGGACCAGUGUGAGGGAGACUCAGAGGAAGGAUGUUGUAGCAUGUGAAGACUUACCUGCUUCCUGUCACUGGGGAACCUGACCUGAGUUCUUAUUGCUGCUACGGCUGUGUAAGACAGUCCGUGUAGUCAGUAAAUAAUUCCAUAGCCAUUUCACAAUCUAGCGCUUAGAUUCGCACUGUAAAUUGCUCUAACCAUAGUUUAUAAUGGGGGAAAUUAUUCAGAUGCCAUUUUAAAAUGAAUUCCUAUAAAUACAAUGAUUUUUAA